AUGGGUGUUGCUACGGUUGCUGAAUUGAAACCAAGCAUUUCAGGGAAAAGGGCGUUUCGUCCCAGUUCCAGUGCAAAACAUGUUACAGAAUGGCCUAUAUCCGAUGUUUCCAGUGAUCUAACCAUCGAAGUUGGAGCAGCAAGUCUUGCACUUCACAAAUUCCCCCUAGUUUCUCGAAGUGGAAGAAUAAGAAAGUUAAUGUUGGAAGCAAAAGAUUCCAAGAUUUCGAGGCUGAAUCUUCCUGGUGUUCCUGGUGGAUCACAGGCAUUCGAGUUGGCUGCAAAAUUCUGUUAUGGAGUGAAUAUCGAGAUUACAAUAUCAAAUGUUGCUAUGCUGCGUUGUGCAGCGCAUUUUCUGGAAAUGACCGAAGAAUUUUCCGAGAAGAACCUGGAAGGUAGAACUGAAGUACAUUUGAAGGAUAUUGUACUUCCAAGCAUAUCAAACUCAGUAUCUGUAUUGCACCACUGUGAAAGUCUUUUACCAAUAUCCGAAGACAUUAACCUGGUUAACAGGAUAAUCAAUGCUAUCGCAAAUAAUGCGUGUAAGGAGCAGCUAACAUCGGGUUUAUCAAAGCUGGAGCAUAACUUCACUUCAAAACCUACCCAAAGCUUUGAAGAAGAAACACCUUCAGACUGGUGGGGAAAGUCGCUGGCAUUGCUGAAUCUCGAUUUCUUCAAACGAGUUUUGACCGCUGUCAAAUCAAAGGGCCUAAAACAGGAAAUGAUCAGCCGAAUUCUGAUAAAUUAUGCUCAAAACUUUCUUAAAGGCCUUGUAGGAAGGGAUCCUCAAUUGGUCAAAGGAAGUUUUGCAGAUCUUGAUUUGCAGAAGAAACAACGUGUCACUGUUGAAACUAUAGUUAGUUUACUACCAACCCAAUCAAGAAAAAGCACAGUUCCUAUGGCAUUUCUUUCAAGUUUGUUGAAAUCUGCAAUAGCAGCAUCAGCAUCGACAUCUUGUAGAUCUGAUUUGGAGAGGCGGAUCGGCCUGCAACUGGACCAGGCCAUUAUUGAAGACAUUCUUAUUCCUGCAAAUAUGAAUGGAAACAAUCACAGCCCUUUGUAUGACACUGAUUCAGUCCUGAGGAUUUUCUCGAUUUUCUUGAAUCUUGAUGAGGAUGAUGAAGAGGAUAAUCACCCAAGGAAUGAAAGUGAGAUGGUUUAUGACUUUGACAGCCCUGGAUCUCCAAAGCAAAGCUCGAUAAUUAAGGUGUCGAAACUCUUGGACAAUUAUCUUGCAGAAGUGGCAUUGGAUUCAAACUUGACUCCAUCAAAGUUCAUAGCACUAGCAGAAUUGCUUCCGGACCACGCUCGUAUGGUCUAUGAUGGACUAUAUCGAGCUGUAGAUAUCUUUCUCAAGGUUCAUCCCAACAUAAAGGACUCAGAACGUUACAGGCUAUGCAAAACAAUUGACUCUCAGAAACUGUCUCAAGAAGCAUGCAGCCAUGCAGCUCAGAAUGAACGAUUGCCGGUGCAGAUGGCAGUCCAAGUGCUAUACUUCGAACAGAUCAGAUUGCGUAAUGCAAUGAACGGGGUUGGAGGGAACAAUCAAUUAUUCUUUGGCUUGAAUGGACAAUUCCCACAGCGCUCGGGGAGUGGUGCAGGAAGCGGAUGCAUCUCACCAAGAGAUAAUUAUGCUUCAGUAAGAAGAGAAAACCGAGAACUGAAGCUUGAAGUUGCACGAAUGAGAAUGAGGCUAACGGAUCUUGAAAAAGACCAUGUCUCCAUGAAACAGGAGCUCGUGAAGUCACACCCUGCCAACAAGUUGUUCAAAUCAUUUACAAAAAAACUGGGCAAGCUCAAUUCGCUGUUCCGGAUAAAAGAUUUAAAGCAAAUGCGGGAUAAAGCUAAUUCAGAAAAUCGGUUUCUUUUCCAGAAGAGAAGACGCCAUUCAGUUUCUUGA